AUGCCAAUGCUAGAUGGGAAGUCUACCCCUAGACUUCAACUGAUAUUCCCUCCCACGACUCUACUGGAGAUCUGGUGCUGGAUCUCGUGCAGAUCUGGUGACGAGUGGAGUGGCCCCAUUGCGGCCUUCGGUGUGACACCCGCUCUGCGGGUUGGUGCCCGUAAAAUCGACGUACAGAUGCCAAAAACAGUUAUGCGAAUAUUUUCAGACAUUUGUCUUGGAGGGGACCCUACUCCUCCCAACAUGGUCCACCACUUGUGGUGUUCCAGACGGUCCUAUUGGGGACAUUGCCCAGAAAACACUGGGCAGUGGCACAUAUCCGAAAAGUGGCCAGAAACUGAAAUAGUGUGGUUCCGGGUCUUCCCUCUGGCUGCACCUGCCCCGCUGUUGACAAACCCCCCAGAUCGUCGGAGUGUGAAGUCCAAGCAACCGAGUUUACCUGAUGACUGA